AUGUCGACGGCAUCGCCGGACACGACACGUAUGAUCAUCACUGCCAUCGACUGUCUGAAGGGUCGGAAAGCGCGUCCGGACGAGUCCAAGAUCUGUCACUUCGUGGAGAGAAAGUUCGGUGUGAAGAGGGAUGCGGUGAUCGCCGCCAUGAAAGAGGCCGUCAGUCGCGGAGCGGUUCUCAAAGUGAAGUACAAGGAUUUCGUCAGUUAUCGCAAUCCAUUGAAGUUCAACCAAAAGAUGUCGAACCAUAUCAUGUGCGACAAGAGUUGGAACAUCGGUUCCCAAACUAUGAAACGAUUCCUCCGAGAGUUGCGGCUCUUAUGCCGGUCGCGACCCAACGGCGUCUCACGACUCGAUCUCAUCCAUUAUCUUCACUCUAACGCUCACUUCACUCAUUGCAGCCAUUCAUUGGUCGACAGACUUAUCACUCGUACCAUUCAAACAGGAUCAGUCAAGCGAUUGGCAAACGAUAAUUAUAUGGUUGUGUUCGGCAAACGAGUGGUUGCGCCCAAAGUGGACACCGAAAGAACCGAUCAAUUGGUGGCCAAAAUGACUGCCGAUAGUAUUGCCGCCAAUUGUGAUGAUAAUGAGAUAAUUGAUAAUCCGGAACUAACUGAAGACUCUUCGACCGCAUCCAACGGAGUGUCUGUCAGUUUAAUGUCGCGUAAAAAGGGGGCGCCAGUGAUGGCCCGCGAGAGACCGAUCAGCAAACGAAAGAAAUUCAAGAAGUGUUUGGGACCGGACUUUAUUGUCUCAUCAGAACUCGGCUCACAAUACAUGAGGAAUAGUUUUGAUCCUAAGUGUGAUUUGUGUCAAAACACAUCUUCACUCAACUCUCGAGGAGAGAGUCAACAAUUGCUCACAUGUAAAGACUGCGGCGCCAAAGCGCAUCCGAGUUGUAUGGACUAUAGCGUGGAGUUGGCCGAGAGGUCGAGUCGGAGUCCGUGGCAAUGCAUGGAUUGCAAGACUUGUGAUAUAUGUCACGAUUCAAAAGACGCGGCAAAUAUGUUGGUCUGCGAUCUCUGCGACAAAGGCUUUCAUAUGAAUUGUCACAUUCCUGUCGUUCAACUCAAACCAAUCGGCAAAUGGGAGUGCAAUGAAUGUAUUGAUAACAACACCGCUAAUAAUGUGGCCGAAAAAACAGACGUCCAAAACAUACCACACAAUGAAAUCAAUGAUUUGAACGAUAAAAGUGAGACAAUUGUUGACAAACCUAAUUCCGAGACCUCUUCGGUCUCAAGCGUUGCUUCAAAUUCAAAAGAAAAUUAUGGCAGCAGUUAUCCAGAAGUGGUUCCAAACCCGCAGAAGUGGUCGCCCGAAGACGUCGGUAACUUUAUUCGCAACAUUGGUUUCCCGGAACAGUCGCUUCUUUUCAAAGAGCAAGAGAUCGACGGAACGUCUCUUUUAUUGUUGAGACGAUCGGAUGUGUUGACCGGUUUCCACAUGAAGUUGGGUCCGGCCCUCAAAAUCUAUUCACAUAUAAUGCGUUUACAGAAAAACGACUAAACCUUUACCUUCUUUUCCGUUUUUGUUUUGUUCAGUUUUUGUGAUAUUUUAUCCCGAGUUUCACCCGAAAAGUCAUACAAUUGUGUUAUUUAUUAAACUAAUAUAAAAACUGUUUUUAAUAUAACGUAUCAAAAAAUAAUUGGUUAAUAAAUUGUCAACAAAAUUAGUAGAAACCAAAUA